GGUUUUUAUUCACACUUCAUCACUCAGAAUCUCACACAAAUAAGAGUAAUCCUCACAACUACAUCAUUCUGCAACCUCUUCCACGGUGCACGCUUCUUCUCCGGUUCAACGCUUCGUCGGAGCAAAUCUCCGCUUUAGAGGUGGUUGUACAUAGCCCAAUUAACUUCUCUGAAUCCCACUGAUUAGUGUUGACCAAAGGUCACUUUGGUCAACCAAAUCCUUUGCAUUGUGCUUUAAUACCCAAGCCUAUUCAAGUGAUCAAAAGACCCUUUAUCACUUGAUAGGGCAAGUCCAUUGUGCUCAAGCUAUAUUGGAUAUGCUGAAUCUCAGGAGCUCAAGAUCUCAAGGUUCAAAUUCAAGAUCAAGACUUCAAAGUCAACACCAAUCAAGCAUAGCUGACAAAGUGAACUACUUCUCAAGCACAACAAAGGAUUAUAAUGAGGGUCUUAUUCGCGUAUUCUACUCAGGACUAAAUGAAGAACAUGGUUCUUGCUUCAGUUUCUUUAUAAGUAAUAAAGUUUACCAAUUUACCAAUGAUUUAUGGAAAACUUUGCUUGGUAUUAUUGUGGGUGAUGCUGAUGUGGAUGACGAGGUUGAUCUGUUGGCAACUGAUCUUUACAGUCAUGUAAGUUUUGAUUGGAGUGUUCAUAUGAAUGAGUUACUUAAGGCUCCUCGUGUUGAGGACUAUUAUGAUCCUAUUACCACUGGUCAUUUGAAGAUGGUGCCAAGAAUUCUGCUAUGGGUGGUAUCUCAUAUCUUACUGCCAAAGAAUGGCGGAUUUUCGAGAAUUAACAAUGUUGAGAUUCAUUUGGUAUACAUUUUGCUGCACAAGGUCAAAAUUAACUGGCCUCACUAAUUUGUAUCUCAUAUGUUCUCUAUCAAAAAAUGCAACAAGGGCAUACCUUUCUACUAUCCCUCUAUGAUUGCUAAGAUUCUAAACUACUUUGACAUUGACUUUC